UCACUGCAGAGCGUGCCACUGUUCAAUGAUUCCGCUUUUUCGGUCGGUGAGGAAAUAUUAGGGUGAAAGGUUAGGCAACGUUAUAACUCCAAUGCCAGUGACAAAGCCCACAGUUCCCUUCCGGACACUACGACAGAUCGGUUACUAUACCCAAUCCUGAGAUCCACCGACAAGCCAACUUUCUCCAGCAGCCGUGGGCGAGCCUGAACUGAAAUAGCAGACGCGCACGCACGGACCAAACGCCCGUCUCUACAGAUCUACUGUUUUAGACCAGAGGAGCAGAGCACCAUGGUUGUGUCCAAGGCUUGGACGUUACGCCAGCACUUCCAGGGUUUCCCCAAGGCUAGUGACUUCCAUCUGAGGGAGGAGACGCUGCCACAGCCCAAGAAUGGACAGGUGCUGUUGGAGGCUGUGUUCCUCAGUGUGGAUCCUUACAUGAGACCCUACAGCCAGACGAUGAUGAAGGAGGGAGACGUGAUGAUUGGGUCCCAAGUUGCCAAGGUGAUCCAGAGCUAUAACCCCAGCUUCCCGGUUGGCUGCCAUGUGGUCAGUGAUUGUGGAUGGAGGAGUCACUGGGUGUGUGAUGGGGCAGAGCUGACCCCUGUGCUGCCCGACUGGCCCCAGGACAUCCCCCUCUCCCUGGCCCUGGGGGCCAUCGGCAUGCCUGGUUUGACAGCUCUGUAUGGACUAGAGGAGGUGUGUGAGAUAAAGAAGGGGGAGACUCUUCUGGUGAACGCUGCAGCAGGGGCCGUGGGCUCAGUGGUGGGACAGAUCGCCAAGAUCAAGGGCUGCAGAGUGGUGGGCUGUGCUGGGACAGAUUCCAAGGUGUCCUAUCUAAAGGAGCUGGGUUUUGACCAGGUCUUCAACUACAAGACUGCCACCUCUCUGGAGGAAUCACUCAGGGAGGCCGCGCCACACGGAUACGACUGCUACUUUGAGAAUGUUGGUGGGAAGUUCUCCAGUGUAGUGAUGCCUCAGAUGAGAGAGUUCGGCAGAAUAGCUGUGUGUGGAAGCAUCUCCAUGUACAACGACACCACACCACAGACAGGGCCGUAUGUACACACCCAUAUGAUCUUCAAACAGCUGAGGAUGGAGGGCUUCCUGUGUGCUCGCUGGAAACUCAAACACCAGCAGUCACUGAGGAGGCUGAUGGCCUGGAUGACUGAGGGCAAGCUGAGAUGCAGUGAACACAUCACCAGUGGUUUCAACAACAUGCCUGCUGCCUUCAUGGGCAUGUUACAGGGAGACAACACCGGCAAGGCUGUGGUCAAGGUGUGAUGACGUCACAAUCAACAUUACACUCCUCCAGAACAUCUGGCUAAAGCAUUCCAGAACACUCAACUUCAUACACUCCAGGUUCUAGAAGCAGAAUCUGUUUCUACUUAACAUUCCAGAACACUCAACUUCAUUACACUCCAGGUUCUAGAACCAGAAUCUGUUUCUACUUAACAUUCCAGAACACUCAACUUCAUACACUCCAGGUUCUAGAACCAGAAUCUGUUUCUACUUAACAUUCCAGAAUCCUUCCUGUAUGUCACACUAGUGUUCUGGUCCAUGUUUAUUCAUAGACACGUUCAACAGACAGCUAGACAGGUUUAGGUCCAGUGUAAUUCAACAGACAGCUAGACAGGUUUAGGUCCAGUGUAAUUCAACAGACAGCUAGACAGGUUUAGGUCCAGUGUAAUUCAACAGACAGCUAGACAGGUUUAGGUCCAGUGUAAUUCAACAGACAGCUAGACAGGUUUUGGUCCAGGGUAAUUCAACACACAGCUAGACAGGUUUAGGUCCAGUGUAAUUCAACAUACAGCUAGACAGUUUUAGGUCCAGUGUAAUUCAACAGACAGCUAGUCAGGUUUAGGUCCAGGGUAAUUCAACAGACAGCUGGACAGGUUUUGGUCCAGUGUAAUUCAACAGACAGCUGGACAGGUUUUGGUGCAGUGUAAUUCAACAUACAGCUAGACAGGUUUUGGUACAGUGUAAUUCCACAGACAGCUAGUCAGGUUUAGGUCCAGGGUAAUUCAACAGACAGCUGGACAGGUUUUGGUCCAGUGUAAUUCAACAGACCGCUAGACAGGUUUAGGUCCAGUGUAAUUCAACAGACAGCUAGACAGGUUUUGCUCCAGGGUAAUUCAACAGACAGCUAGACAGGUUUUGGUGCAGUGUAAUUCAACAGACAGUUAGACAGGUUUAGGUCCAGUGUAAUUCAACAGACAGCUAGACAGGUUUAGGUCCAGGGUAAUUCAACACACAGCUAGACAGGUUUUGGUCCAGUGUAAUUCAACAUACAGCUAGACAGGUUUUGGUGCAGUGUAAUUCAACAGACAGCUAGACAGGUUUUGGUGCAGUGUAAUUCAACACACAGCUAGACAGGUUUAGGUCCAGGGUAAUUCAACACACAGCUAGACAGGUUUUGGUACAGUGUAAUGCUAUUAACUAAAUAAACAUGUCUUCACAAUAUAAUGUUUAUAAUACAUCCUGCCUACUGAUAAUUUACUUUUUCUACACCAAUAAUGUCAUAUUUGACUAAUUACCAGACAGUCCCCACAACCGUGUUUGUACUGACCUUAUCCCAACACCUAGCAACCUUAUAACCUGGUCUAUACUGAGUUUAUACUGUAGUGACCUCAACCCAACACCUAGCAACCUCAUAACCUGGUCUAUACUGAGUUUAUACUGUAGUGACCUUAACCCAACACCUAGCAACCUCAUAACCUGGUCUAUACUGAGUUUAUACUGUAGUGACCUUAACCCAACACCUAGCAACCUCAUAACCUGGUCUAUACUGAGUUUAUACUGUAGUGACCUUAUCCCAACACCUAGCAACCUUAUAACCUGGUCUAUACUGAGUUUAUACUGUAGUGACCUUAUCCCAACACCUAGCAACCUUAUAACCUGGUCUAUACUGAGUUUAUACUGUAGUGACCUUAUCCCAACACCUAGCAACCUUAUAACCUGGUUUAUACUGUAGUGACCUUAUCCCAACACCUAGCAACCUCAUAACCUGGUCUAUACUGAGUUUAUACUGUAGUGACCUUUACCCAACACCUAGCAACCUCAUAACCUGGUCUAUACUGAGUUUAUACUGUAGUGACCUUAACCUAACAACCUCAUAACCUGGUCUAUACUGAGUUUAUACUGUAGUGACCUUAACCCAACACCUAGCAACCUCAUAACCUGGUCUAUACUGAGUUUAUACUGUAGUGACCUUAACCCAACACCUAGCAACCUCAUAAC